AUGGCGAUAGCAAAGUUUGGUCGGCUGGCAAAACGGUCUUAUAAAUCAUAUGGGUUCUGUGUGAAGUUAACUGCAGUAGUAAUCUUGGGUCUUUGUUUUGUAUUUGUUUGGUCUGUUUUUUCACCCUCCAAAUUUUCUGUGACUUCCCAAAGAGAGACUUUUGAUGAUUUUGCUGAACCCGUGUCUGCAAAUGGAAGAGUUACUGAUUCUGGGGUUCAUUUCAACAAGAACGAACUCAAGAAUGGUAAAGAAAGUAGCUCAGAAAAGAAAGGUCAAAUCUUGGAAGAAAAAGACAAGAAAAGGGUUAAAGAAAAUUCCAGAAAAGGAGGAUCUGAGAGCGAUGAUUUGCAGGAAGAAAAGCAAGAUGAGGAUGUGAAUGGCAGUGAAGAAGACACGGAAAAUGGUGAGGCAAAUUUCAAUGAGGAGGGGGAAGUGGUCCAAGGGGAUACUGAUUUAGCUAAUGCUUUGGAUUUGGACGAGGAAGGAGUAGAGAAAGUCGAAGAUGAUAGCAGAUUCAACAAAUUCGAAAAGAAUAAGAAAAAAAAAUUGGGGCCAUUAUUCGAUCCCAAAGCACAUUAUUCUUGGAAAUUAUGUAGUACAAGAAGCAAGCAUAACUACAUUCCUUGUAUUGACAUUGAAAGUAGCAGUGGAAAACUGCAGAGCUAUAGGCAUCGAAGAAGCUGCCCCAAAACAUCUGUUUUGUGUCUUGUCCCCCUUCCCCAUGACGGUUAUGGGACUCCAGUAAAAUGGCCUGAGAGUAAAGUAAAGAUAUUGUACAAGAAUGUAGCACAUCCAACUGCUGCAUUUGUCAAGUCACAGAAUUGGGUAGUUGAAGCUGGAGAAUAUCUGGCUUUACCGGAAAAUCAGUCAGCACUGAAGGGUGGAAUUCAACAUUAUUUGGAAUCCAUUGAAGAGAUGGUGCCAGACAUUGAAUGGGGAAAUAAUAUUCGUGUAGUGCUGGAUGUUGGAUGCACAGAUUCAAGCUUUGUGGCUUCUCUACUUGAGAAGAAUGUGUUGGCACUUACUCUAGGUUUGAAAGAUGACUUAGUGGACCUACCACAGCUUGCCCUUGAGCGUGGUUUUCCAGCAGUAGUUAGCCCAUUGGCAACACGGCGUCUUCCUUUCUCUAGUGGUGUUUUUGAUGCACUUCAUUGCAGCGAAUGCAGCAUAUCAUGGCAUUCUAAUGGGGGCAGGCUUCUUCUGGAGAUGAAUAGGAUUUUGAGGCCUGGAGGAUACUUCAUCUUGUCAAGCAAACAUGACAGCAUUGAAAUUGAAGAAGCCAUGUCCAAACUUACAGCCUCUAUUUGUUGGAAUAUCCUGGCUGAUAAAAGUGAUGAAGUCAGUGACAUUGAUGUUAAGAUAUAUCAAAAGCCAGAAUCAAAUGACAUAUAUGAAUUGAGAAGGAAAAAGGUUCCACCUCUAUGCAAGGAAAAUGAGAAUCCAGAUGCUGCCUGGUAUGCUUCAAUAAAGAAUUGCUUGCACUCCAUUCCAUCUUCCGUAGAAGAACGUGGGACCGAGUGGCCAGAGGGUUGGCCAAAGAGGCUUGAAACAUUUCCGGACUGGAUAAACAAUCGAGAGAAAUUGAUUGCUGAAAGUGAGCACUGGAAAGCAAUUGUAAACAACUCCUAUCUAACCGGAAUGGGCAUCGACUGGUCCAGCAUCCGGAAUGUAAUGGACAUGAAAGCCAUAAAUGGAGGGUUUGCAGCUGCUCUUUCACAACAGAAGGUGUGGGUGAUGAAUGUAGUCCCUGUACAUGCACCUGACACACUUCCCAUAAUCUAUGAGCGUGGCCUUAUCGGCAUAUAUCAUGACUGGUGCGAGUCUUUUGGAAGCUAUCCAAGAUCAUAUGAUCUUCUGCAUGCCGAUCAUCUCUUCUCAAGACUUAAAAACAGGUGUAAGCAUCCUAUAGUAGUAAUUGUUGUUGAGAUGGACCGCAUGCUACGGCCUGGUGGUUGGGCGAUCAUACGCGAUAAGGUAGAAAUUCUUGAUCCACUUGAGGGAAUAUUGAGGAGCUUGCACUGGGAGAUUCGUUUGACAUUUGGCAAGGAUAGGGAGGGUAUUCUAUGUGCACAGAAGACCGGGUGGCGACCGUGAAGGUAUUAUUGGUUGUAUUGACUAUAUUGUCAGUUUUGGACUGCUAUCCUCCCUCCAAGCUUGGUAGCUGAGAAUUGCUUGAUGAAGACUCGCAUGAAAAGAAAGGCUGUUAUCUCAGCGAUUUCUGUUGAAGAUGUACAUACCUUGUCUAUUCAUCAUCCAGCUGCAAACAGAAUCAAUGUUGUUGUGACAUCUAAUGAAAAGGAAAGAUGGUUUGUACAGUGACUACAUUCAGCUGUAUUCAUUGAGAUGUACUGCAACAACACACAUCAGUUUAUAUGAAAAAUUUUCUUUUCACGUUUCAAAUUUGUGUACUUUGUGCCUAAUCUAAACGUUGUGUUACAGUUAAAUGCAAUCUAUGUUGGGAAGGA